CUCCUCCCGGCGCCGCCAACCUCCAGCAACCACUUCCAUCUCGCCGCCGCCCCCUCGCACGCUCCCGAACCAGCGAUGGCGCCCAAGGCCGAGAAGAAGCCGGCGGCGGAGAAGAAGCCGGUGGAGGCGGAGAAGUCCAAGCCCAAGGCGGAGAAGCGCGUGCCGGGCGCCAAGGGCGAGGGCGGCGCCGACAAGAAGAAGAAGAAGGCCAAGAAGUCGGUCGAGACCUACAAGAUCUACAUCUUCAAGGUCCUCAAGCAGGUGCACCCGGACAUCGGCAUCUCCUCCAAGGCCAUGUCCAUCAUGAACUCCUUCAUCAACGACAUUUUCGAGAAGCUGGCCGGCGAGUCCGCCAAGCUCGCCCGCUACAACAAGAAGCCCACCAUCACCUCCCGGGAGAUCCAGACCGCCGUGCGUCUUGUACUCCCUGGCGAGCUCGCCAAGCACGCCGUGUCUGAGGGCACCAAGGCCGUCACAAAGUUCACCUCCUCUUAGAUUGUCUUGAUUUCG